CCGUAGUGAUUCCGGUUCCCCGACGACAUCCUCUAUCUCUCGCUCGGCUCGAUCGAUUGCUCCAGCCGUUCAGCCAAUGGGAUCAACGGAUGUAACAAGGUUAGGGUAUCGCCGAAGGCUACGACGAAGAAGGAGAAGAUUUGGGAAGGGCGGGAAUUUGCCGAGCCUUUUCUUCAGAUCUCUCGUCUCGCUUUCUUCGAUCGAGUCGUCCGCCCAGCUACAGAUGGGGAGAAGGAAUAGAUCUAGGGUUUCAGAGGAGGGCAUCGAGGAAAAUGCUACACGAGAAGGGCGAACUCUAGGCGCCGGCGACUCGACCGCGUCCAGUGACAAGAGCUUGUAUGAGAUUCUUGGUGUAGAGAGAACAGCUACUCAGCAGGAAAUAAAGAAAGCUUACUACAAACUUGCGUUGCAUCUUCAUCCUGAUAAAAAUCCUGGUGAUGAGGAAGCAAAAGAAAAUUUCCAACUUCUGCAAAAAGUUGUAUCUAUUCUUGGGGACGAGGAGAAAAGGGCAAUCUAUGAUGAGACUGGUUAUACUGGUGAUGAUGCUUUGGUUGGGGACGUUACUGAGACUCUGCAGGAAUAUUUCAGAACAAUGUACAAACAAGUUACGGAGGCUGACAUUGAAGAAUUCGAAGCUAGUUAUAGAGGUUCUGAGUCUGAGAAAAAAGAUUUGAAGGAUCUCUACGUGAAAUUCAAUGGUAAUAUGAAUAGGUUGUUCUGUUCAAUGAUUUGUUCUGAUACAAAGCUGGACUCGCACCGCUACAAGGAAAUAAUUGAUGAAGCAAUAGCUGAAGGAAAAUUGAAGAUAAGCAAAGCUUAUCAGAAAUGGGUAAAGAAAGUUGCUGAAACGGAACCACCAACUGAUCCUCUAGUCAGAAGACAGCAGUUAAAGAAACAAGAAGGAACAGACAUAGUUGCAGUUAUAUCUCAGCGCAGGAGCCAAAGGAAACUGCAGCUCAAUUCCAUGCUCUCCUCCAUCGUUGCUAAAUGUGGUACUAGCUCUGAUGCUGAACCAUCUGAAGAAGAGUUUCAGAAAGCACGACAGAGGCUCGAGAGUAAAUAGGUGAAAAAGAGAAAGCAUUAGCAUGUUGGAGUACGAGAGAGGCAUGAGAGUAGUCGAGAAAGCAUUAGCAUGUUGAACCUCUUGUGUAAUUGGUGAUUUCUGUCGUUCUACUUAUGCUCAAAAGUGUGGCUUAAUAAACCUUAAGCAAACUACAAUGCCAUGUUGUAGAACACUAUCACGAUAUAAUGAUAUAAUGAUCUCUCACUUUUGUCA